GUGUACUGUAGCCUAUGUGAACAUGCUGUGUGGGAGGAGUCUGUACUUGGCUGUUCCCUGACCUUGGACGAGAAAAGCGUCUGGAUGUGAGAGAGCGAGAAAGACAGACUUGGAGAGUUUGGUAUCAACAUAAUGAACAGCACACUAUAAGGAAGGGAGGGGGACAGACCGAGACCAUGGGGGCUGCGGUAUAGACUACUGCAGUGCAGGUUUGUGGGUUGUUGUUUCUGUGGCUGAAGAGAGAUUUUACAUUCGAAUUCUGAGAGACACCUGGCAACCCGUAGCUGAGCUGGAGAGUGAUAAUGUCUGUACAGGCCAGACGACAACACAGCAUACAGCAGCCAAUGAAAGAGCCUGGAACAGGAAGCUGAGAUGGAGUUCCCAGAGUUCCCAGGGUGCCCUGCUGCUGCCGGCGUUGCCGUGGGCGACGAGGCGGAGAAGGAGGGCCAUGCCCAGGUUCUAUUUGAUGAGUUUGUCCAGGCGUCUACCUGCAGAACGACACUCCGUGCCUUCAACCUGCUGUGUGAGCACCUUCAGCUCACACACACACACACACAGCCACAGACAUACUCCCCGACGCAGCCGCAGAGGCCUUUCUACCACAGCCUCAAAGAACGCCUCAGCUACUGGAAGGCAAACGCACUGUGGGCCAAACUGGACAAACGGGCGGCCCACCACGAAUACGGGAAGGGCCGUGUCUGUGCCAACACCACGUGUGUGAUCAUCGGGGCGGGGCCGUGUGGUCUGCGUACAGCAGUAGAGCUGGGGUUCCUGGGGGCCAGAGUGGUGCUGCUGGAGAAGAGAGAUGCCUUCUCCAGAAACAACGUCCUUCACCUCUGGCCUUUCACCAUCCACGACCUCAGGGGCCUCGGGGCCAAGAAGUUCUACGGCAAGUUCUGUGCUGGAGCCAUUGACCACAUCAGUAUACGGCAGUUACAGUUGGUGUUAUUAAAGGUGGCUCUGUUGCUGGGGGUGGAAGUCCAUGUCAACGUAGAGUUCAAGGGACUGGUGGAGCCACCAGUGGACCAGGAGCAACAGAAGGUAGGCUGGAGGGUGGAGGUGAAACCCAAGUCUCACCCUAUUAACCAACUGCAGUGUGACGUGGUGAUCGGAGCUGAUGGACGACGGAACACACUGCCAGGGUUCAGGCGUAAGGAGUUCCGUGGCAAGCUGGCCAUUGCCAUCACAGCUAACUUCAUGAACCGUAACACCACGGCUGAGGCCAAGGUGGAGGAGAUCAGCGGAGUGGCCUUCAUCUUUAACCAGAGGUUCUUUCAGGAGCUACGGGACACCACAGGAGUGGACCUGGAGAAUAUAGUGUACUACAAGGACGACACACACUACUUUGUGAUGACGGCUAAGAAGCAGAGUCUGCUGGAGAAAGGAGUCAUUCUGCGGGACUAUGCAGACACAGAAACACUUCUCUCACGGGGAAACGUGGACCAGAAUGCGCUGCUGGCCUACGCCCGCGAGGCGGCGGACUUCUCCACCAAUCACCAGCUGCCGUCCCUGGACUUUGCCAUGAACCACUACGGGCAGCCUGAUGUUGCCUUGUUUGACUUCACCUGUAUGUACGCGUCGGAGAACGCUGCAUUGGUCAGACAGAGACAUGGACACCAUCUACUGGUCACGCUGGUGGGAGACAGCCUUCUGGAGCCGUUCUGGCCCAUGGGGACAGGUAUAGCACGGGGGUUCCUGGCAGCAUUGGAUUCUGCCUGGAUGGUACGGAGCUGGGCUCAAGGCCUCGCCCCCCUGGACGUACUUGCUGAAAGAGAAAGUCUGUAUCGUCUCCUUCCUCAGGCCUCUCCAGAAAAUGUCAACAAGAACUAUGGUCAAUACACUGUAGACCCAGCUACCCGCUACCCUAACAUCAACCACCAACUCAUCACCCCCGCACAGGUGGGGCAUCUAAUAUACACAGAAGAGAGUGGAGGUUCGGGUGCGGACCAGGAACCACGACACCGAUCCCCCUUGCCGAAGCUACUACGACAGGAGUCCUUCUCUCGCUCCAGUAAGCUUUUGUCAUGGUGCCAGCAGCAGACACAGGGUUACCGUGGCGUUGUGGUUAGCGACCUCACUACUUCCUGGAAGAGUGGCCUAGCUUUGUGUGCCCUCAUCCACCACUACCGACCUGACCUCAUUGACUUUGACUCUCUAAAGGAGGAUGAGGGGGAGGAGAAUAUGAGGUUGGGGUUGGAGGUGGCAGAGAAGGAGUUUGGCAUCUCUCCUGUGAUGACUGUCGAGGAGAUGUCGUCUGUCAGUGAAACGGACACUCUCUGUAUGGUCAUGUACCUCAGCCAGUUUCACCAGCUCUUCAAGGACGCACUGCCCCCAAGCGAAUCCCAGACCGAGAGCCUAGAUGGGAGGGCUGCUGUGAUUGGUCCUGCCUCUCUCCUCAGCCGCCUGGGCCACAGCCCAUCCCGCAAGCGCAACCCCAAGGAGCAGAAGGAGAAGGAUGCGGUGGGGAAGAGGAGGAAGACCAGUCGGCCAUGUCUGGAGGAUGUGAGACAAGAUCUCAGAUUAGUGGACAGUUAUGAGGAAGAGGCUGCCUUGUGCUCUGUGGGUGGAGCAAGCCAGAGCAGAGUGCGCUCGAUGGCCAAUCAGCUGCUGGCCAAGUUUGAGGAGAAUGCCCCUUGCCCCUCCUCCACGCCAGCUGCAGCUCUCCGCAGACAGAAAUACGUUCAGAUGUACACCGGGGGAGUAAGCUCAUUGGCUGAACAGAUAUCCUGUCAGCUUCAAAGUCAGGAGUCACCGUCACCCCAGCACACUCCUGAUAGGAAGGAAUCAGCUGGCGUUCACUCUGUGUUGGCGGGGCCAGGGCCAGGGCCGGGGCCAGGAGGUGCCAGUGACGUGUGUUUCUUCUGCAGUAGGCGUGUGUACGUGAUGGAAAGACUCAGUGCUGAGGGACUGUUCUUCCACCGGAGCUGCUUCCAGUGUGACCACUGCAGCUCCACCCUUCGCCUGGCCUCUUACGCCUACGACCGACCUAACGGGAAGUUCUACUGUAAGCCGCACUAUGACCUCCGUCUGGUUGGGCCGGUCCAGAGGAAGAGACCAGCUCCUCCUACCUCUGACCAGCACCCAACCCCCUACGAACGGACCCCCUCUCAGCAGACCCUCCUGGAGUCCCCAGCUGCUCUGUCCACUAACCCUCGCUCCUCAGUAACUGUGGUGACAGCAGAUCGCAGGUCCUCAGUGGCAUCUCUGAUUGAGAGGGAGUGUGGCUUGGCUAAGCGCGUGCGCGGCACGCCAGAACGUAUAGAGCUGGAGAACUACCGUGGGAGCCUGGGGAGCCUGGAGACUGAGCAGCUAACAGAUGAGCCGGAGGAGGUGCCAGAGGAGACGCUGGCCAAUUACAACCUCAGUCUGCUGGUGACAGAGGUGAAGAAGGCCAAUCACAAGCGCAUCUUGUUGCGGGAAAACGAGGGCUCCAGUUCAGAAUCAGAGACGGAGGAGGAGGGAGAGAGGCAGCGGGCUCUAACCAAUGACCUGGCUAGAGACUCAUGGAGGAAGGCCAUGGAACUACACGCACGCCUCCGAGGAGAGAGAGGAGAUGACGAAGAAGAGACAGAAGAAGGAGAGGAGGAAGGAGAGGUUGAUGAAGAUGAUGAUGAUGAUGAGGAGGAGUUAUCUAGUGAUGGGGAAGGAGCAUCUCCACUCACCACUGAGGAGGUAGCCUCGUUGGACGCGUGGCAGCAGAGCACACACUCUCCAGACACAUACACACCUGACACACACACGCAUGGCACAAACACGCCUGACACGCACUCUCCAGACACACACACGCCUGACAUACAACUGCCUGACUCGACAACACCCGACACACACGGUGCACACAGCCCCACCAGUGUACCCAAUAUCACCUUCUCCACUCCGGCCACUGCCUCAACACCCUUCACACCCACACCUUUAACGUCGCAUGCACCCACACCCACGUCCUCAGUGUCAAUUCCAGACUCCUCUGUCUUUACCUACUCCUCCCCCAACUCCUCCACCACCUCUGGCUGCUCCCCGGGUCCAGACGAGGGAGAGGAGGAUGGGGAGAAGAAAGAGAUGAAGGAGAGAAAAGAGCGAGAGGAGAGGGAGAGAGGGGGGAAGGAGAGGGAGAGGGUGCGUGACUCCAGCAGUAGUUCGGGGAUCGGUGUGGGCGGGAGCUCCACCACCUCUACCUCGGACCCUCUCACCCCUCCCGGCAUCCCCCCCCCUGCCCAGCUCAAGGCAUGCUGGGAUAGCCUGCCCCACCCUUCUGUAGAGGCAGAGUCACUGCAAAGCCCCACCUCUCGCCCUGCCCCUCGAUUUGCCCCCGCACCUAUCAUGGCGUCGGCUGUUGUGCGGGGGUUCGGGGGCAAGAAGCUGAAACCGUGGGACGUGGAUGGGGGAAGGGGAUUUGUUGCGGGGGGGUCUGUUGGGGCAGGGUCUCUUGGGGAGAAGCUGUGUAAGGGUGUAGUAAUAGACCCCUUAGAGGACAUCAACCCCCCCUUGUCCCCCCUGAAGCCCCUUAAGGCAGUGCCCAGAGACGAGAGAGAGAUCGGGAGGAAGAGGGAGAUGGAGAGGAGGAGGGAGAUAGAGAGAGCAGCCAUGGGAGUGGGCUGGGAGGACACGAAAAUCCCCCUAGGAAGGGACCCUCUCCCAAGGAAGAGCAGAGGUGGUCUAGACCCCCGCAGACUCACAGAGAGCUUGCCCCCCCUCCUCCUCACACAACUCCAGGGGGGCUCCCUCUUCCCUUCACGUAAGUGCUGCAGGGACAACCAGCCCCCCAGCCAGAGUGUGUCUGAAGCGGGCAUAGGAGAGGGUGGACCCCUGGGCCUGUGGAGAGCUGUCAUCUCUGGCUAUAAGAGGGACAGGAAGAAGAAGGGCAGGACUUCCCUUUCCAAAAUGGCAACAGCCCCAGCCCCCAAAGAGCAGGGCAGGAGGAAACCUUCUGCGGAGAGAAGAGGUGUGAAGUUCAGGGAGCGCCAGAGCUGGUCGGAGCCGGAGGAGUCAGACAUCACCUGCUCUGUUGUGAUGGAGAGGUGCUCCAUGAACCCCAAGGCCAACAGGCACGUGGGGAAGGAGAGGGAGCGGGACAGCUCCCCCCGUAUGGAUACACAGCGGAAGUCAUCGUGCCCUACGGAAGUUGUCGGGGUACUGGUGCACAUGAUGGACCUGAAGGACCCGUCCAGCCUGGAUGUGUCAGAGGCCAUGUUCCACAGAGACCGGGACCCAGAGGAGGAGCAGCUAGAUGCCAGGUUAACACGCAGAGUACAGAGGGCGGCUCGCAAACAGGCCAAACAAGAGCAACUCAAGAGACUGCACAGGGCCCAGAUGAUCCAAAGGCAGUUGGAGCAGGUGGAGGAGAAGCAGAGGCAGCUGGAGGAGAGGGGUGUGGCUGUGGAGAAGGCCUUGAGAGGGGAAGCAGACUACUGGGGAGAGUCGAAUGACAGUGAAGAGCUGGACUUACACCUGGGAGUCAUGGGCAGGCAGGAUGACCCAGCUCUGAUGCAGCAGUGGUUCAAGCUGGUCCAGCAGAAGAACUGUCUGAUGCGCUAUGAGUCAGAACUCAUGAUAUUUGCUCGGGAGCUGGAGUUGGAGGACAGACAGAGCCGUCUUCAACAAGAGCUCAGAGAGCGGAUGGCCGUGGAUGACCACCUGAAGGGUGAGGCAGAGCUGGCUGAGGAGAAGCUAAUCCUUGGGGAGAUGUUGGAGGUGGUGGAGCAGAGAGAUGCUCUGGUGUCUCUGCUGGAGGAGCAGCGGCUGCAGGAGAGCCAGGAGGACAGAGACCUGGAAGCCAUCAUGCUGUCCCGGGGACUGGGCCUGCACAACUGGGCCUGAGCUCUAUUCCGGGGACUGGGCCUGCACAACUGGGCCUGAGCUCUAUUCCUGGGACUGGGCCUGCACAACUAGGCCUGAACUCUAUCCCUGGGCCUGCACAACUGGGCCUGAGCUCUAUUCCUGGGACUGGGCCUGCACGCCUGGGCCUGAACUCUAUCCCUGGGCCUGGACAACUGGGCCUGAGCUCUAUUCCUGGGACUGGGCCUGCACAACUGGGCCUGAACUCUAUCCCUGGGCCUGCACAACUAGGCCUGAGCUCUAUUCCGGGGACUGGGCCUGCACAACUGGGCCUGAGCUCUAUUCCUGGGACUGGGCCUGCACAAGCAAAAGCAAAAGACACUCACGUCACUUUCCCUCUAAAUCUGCGAUCAGGGUCAUGGUUGUGAGGUCACUUCGCCUCUGAUACAACGUUAUGACCAGGAUCAAGGCGGGACUGUCUGGAUGAUCCAUUUUUAGGAUUGGAUAUGUUUCUCCAUCCUGCUACACUCAUCCUGUUGCUACACCCAUCCUGUUGCUACACCCAUCCUGUUGCUACACCCAUCCUGCUGCUACACCCAUCCUGCUGCUACACCUAUCCUGUUGCUACACCCAUCCUGCUACACCCAUCCUGCUACACCCCUGACUCACUGACUGAUGGGCCUUUGAGAUGGCUCGAUAUUCUAUGCUCACUAUACUCACCCAGGCUGUUGUUAUGGCAAUAUAUGGCAUAUUUGAAUUGUUUGUAUUGUUAUUCAUUAACAAUUUAGAGAAAUGUAUAUUAUGUAAAAAGAAACAAUACUACUUUUUUUUUUAUUCAACUAAUCAUGUUUUACUUCAUACAUUGGAUAAUAAAGACAUUCUGACAUCA